GCUGAAAACGGGACGCACAACGGCUAUGUCACCCUCGAUGAAGAGAAAGGAAUUCUCACCUUGGCCAAGGGACUUGACUACGAGAAGGAGAAGUUGCUAUCCUUGACCAUUAUUGCGACUGAUUCUGGAUCGCCACCUCUCUCAUCGGAGGCCGUCGUGACUGUACAGGUGUGUUACUAA